AUGUCCAACAUAGAGAUCAUGACUCGAUUGAACACGUUUCACGAGGAAAUGAUGGGCGAGAUCAAUCAGCUCAAAGCUUCCUUCGCGCAACAGGACAAGAAAAUACAGAGUUUGGAUGAGAGAAUCCAGAGCCAGGACAGGAAAAUUCAGAGUUUGGAUAAGAAAAUCCGGGGCCUCGAAGAUUCCACUGCAAAGUUAUCAGCUUCCAGCAAAGAGAUGGCCGCUACUCUGCAGCGUCAUUCCAAAGUACUGCAUGCGCUCCAUCGACGCGCGGUGCUUGAUGACGCACAUGCUCGACUAUGCAGUCACUAUGGUUAUAACAUUCAAUUUCGGCCAGGAAGCCAAGAAGCCGGCGAGUGCGGUGAGUGGGACUCGUUGGAAUGA